GUCUUGGGGUAGCUGCUUCCUGGGCUUGGAUCGUGGCCAUUCCUCCUUCUUUAGCUUUGUGGAGUUUGGGGACAGAGGUCCCACAGUGGAGAUCAAGGGAGUUGGUUUUCAUACAUCUGUUAACUCCACCUAAACAUCUUGGUCCUGCCUCUGCUGUUGGUCUCAGGACUCCUUUUCCCCUGGGUGUGAAUGCAUGUUGCUCUGAAAUGAAAUUUCCUGUGCAAAGUGGCAGAAGAUGCCAUAGAAGUUCCUGAUCUGCCAUUUUUAGACAGCAGAGUAAGAGAACCAGCCAUCCUAGGAACUGAAAUCAAGGGGAUAUAUUUAUUUGACCAACAAACAUGGUUAGCAUUGAACUAAGUAUUGCUAAGCAAAUGAAUCUAAAGGCCUGAAACUUAGGGGUCAGGAAGCAAAAGGCAUUCAAGCAGCUCCAGUCACAGGACUGAACCUACCCCCCAGGAAGAGAUCCUCUUUGGCUGAGAAAUGUGAAGUUGAACUGAAGAGGACCCAAAGUCAAAUUGUGAGGCAGAAACUCAGCCCCCGGAUCUGGACCACUUUCAUUGAUCUUGGAGCUUUCUAUAGUGUACUGUUGUCUUUCUGAGGUGCCCCAUGGAAAACCAAAACCAAAAAGGUCCCCCAUCAAACAAGGGUUCAGAAGGAACAGGAGAGGACCUCCAGGCAGGGAGCGAGGGGGAAUCCCGAAAAUGGGUACUAUGGGAACAGUUUAAAAAAGAAAUGCUCGAGGAACAAUCUCGCAGACGGGAAGCCAAACAGAAGAAAUUCCCUCAGGGAGCAGUGUCUGCGCGGGUGUUGGCAGAGGCUGCGUGCGGUGAUGACACUCCAGCACUGCCACCCUCCUUCCAUCAAGAUGCUGAAGCAUGCCGGAGGUCUAGGAAAGUGUCUGUUGUGAGGCACACAAGGGACCUGGAGAAGCAGACCCUUCUGCCAGCAGACGCCUGCCUCCUGAUCAGGGAACUGGGCCCACAGACUUGCUCCCCAGCUGUGGGUCUGGCUGAGGCUUCCCUGAUGAGACAGCUGGAGUGCCAAAGGCAGAAACACCAGGUGGCAUUGGAGGAGGCUCUCCCGGGUUCCCCUGCAGUGGAGGAAGCUUCAGAAUCUGUUCCUAGUUUGGGAGGUUGCAGGACUGCCAGGGAAAGCACAGUGCUGGCAGGAACCGACACAGGUGACCUGCAGCAGAGUGAGAAUUGGGGGGAUCCAAGUGGGAGAUCCUCAGAACAAACUGAACAAGAAGAACAGAAAGAGAACCUCUGGAAUCAAGAAGGUCCAGCGAGGCAGGCGGAAAAGCACAAAGAAAAGAGGACUGAGAAAACCACAGAAGACAAUGAAACAGAAAGGGAGGAGAAUGAGCAGCUAGAGGCUCAGUUGACUACCCACACAGAGGGGAAACCAAACAAAGACUUGGAGAAUGUCUGUCAGAGCAAAACCCUUUCUGGAGAUAAAAAUCUCCAUGGAAAAGAGAGGCCCUAUAAAUGCUUGGUGUGUGAAAAGGACUUUUGUCGGAAACAAAUCCUUACUAGACAUCUAAGAUCCCACACAGGGGAGAAGCCAUUCAAAUGCUCUGAUUGUGACAAAAGCUUUAGGUAUUCACAAGGCCUUAUUUAUCAUAAAAGAAUUCACACAGGAGAGAGGCCCUACAAAUGCUCAUACUGUGACAAAAGCUUUAGGCAGCAAUCCCACCUCACUGCGCAUAAAGGAAUUCACACAGGAGACAGACCAUAUAAAUGCCCACACUGUGAAAAAAACUUCACUCAAAAAAUUCAACUUACUAAGCAUGAAACAACCCACACAGUGGAGGAAUCAUAUCAAUGCUCCCACUGUGGAGAAAGUUUUCCUAAUAAAUCAGAUCUUCUUCUACAUCAAAGGACUCACAAAGAGAAGAAACCAUAGACCUGCUUGGAAGAUGGGGAGAGUUUCCAUCACACAACUCCUUCUGCAUGCCAAAGAAGCCACAGAAAGAGACACUGUUCAAAUGCACACAUUUGGGCUUUUAAAGUGCCGAGUUUAAUGCAGCCAGUUCUUUGAUUAAAAAUGGGGAGAAAUUUGAUGAAUAAAGAUUUUCCUAUUGAUUUCACAUCUAGCAGCUGUCCUCUUUUGAGAGAUCUGGGCUUCCUCCCAAUGGAGAAGACUGGUUCACCCUCAGGUGGUAGUGAAGACGUUUCCAGUAACUAGCCAAUUCUCCAUCUGAUCAUAAACCAGAUUCUGCACCGGGUUAACUUCAAUGUGAACUUAUGACUGAGGAGGAAGAGAAUUGUUGGCAAAAUCCCCCUCUCUCUCUCCAGCAUUUAGUGGAACAAGCAGCUGCUGCUUUUUAGAUGUUUUUAAUGUCCAUAUGGGAACCUAUUUGUUCUGCUUACGAAUAAAGUCAAAUGUAUUUUUCUCA